AUUCAGACUGGAAGAACGAAUGUGUCUCCCCGCUUUCCAAACCAGCAAACUUCGUUCCACAUUUCUCACCUUGCUUCGCUGACUGCUGCCUUACGGUUUCUCCCGAACGACCCCCUCGCCGCAUCGCAUCGCAUCGCAUCGCAUCGGACGCAGCACUUUUACUUCCAACGCACUUUCCCAAGCAGCGUGGUGACUCUAGAGUCAGCUCAAGAGCUGACCUUUCCCAUGCACACGCGCCGCCUCUCGUCGCACCGCGAUGCACGUCUGCGUCGUCUGAACUCGCUAACGACCGUCGCACUCCUGGUGCGAUGGGCGCUCGCCGUGAAGCACGCGAGAGCGCUGGCGGGCGAGGCGGGCAUGGAGCACGGCAUGUCAUUAUAUCGCGCGUGGGCCGACGCGUACGGUCUCAAGGACCACCCGCGCUCCCCGCUUCCCCCGCCCACGCUCGAGCUCCCCGCGUCCGUUCCGCCUGCCCCGCACCUGGAGGACUGCGCGCAGGUGUCGUUCUUCCGCUUCAUGGCGGAAGAGCGGGGCGGACCUGGCGGAGGGAAUCCGCCUAAAUGGGCCGUUCAGCCUUCGUGCUGCCACUGCUCGCCACAGACACCCUGGGUGCGGGGAUCAGCUGCUGACAGCUUAGCACGGACGAGGGAGGCGCAGCGAGACAUCUGGGCCAAUCAGAUGCCGCCAGGUGGCUGCGAGGACAGGCGUCUGUUGGUUGCGCCUUGGCCCGAUGCCACCCGCUUCUCACUUGCAUCUCAGCUGCACAGCAUGGCGUCUCUCCUCGCCCUCGCCCUGCUGCACAACAGAACGCUCGUGCCCCUUCCUGGAUCCUUUCAGCCUGCCAACAAUGAAAUCUGCCAAGAAUACCAGCCAAUCGGGGCCAUGGGCGGCCACGGCAGCAUGGGCGACUGGGGUUGCUACUUCUUCCCCAUCGCUUCGCCUCGCUGCUCUGCUGACGUCAGUACAGCCAUGGCUGCCAAUCGCAUGCCGCCGUGUCACCGAGAUGCCUCUCAGUUUGAGCAGCUGGCCACGUCAGCAGACAGGGUGGUGUGUGUGGAUGGGUCUGACGUGGACCAAACGAACAGUGCUGCUCUCUCAUUGGUCGAGGCCCGUGCAACCAAACUCUGGGGAAGGCCGCACCUGGAGCAGCAGGGGCACAGGGAGUACCUGGGGGAGGUGCCACCUGCCGAUGAACUGAAAGAGCAGGUGCACUGGUGGCGGGCGCAGGCGGUGCGCUUCAUGCUGAGGUGGCCAUCAGCCCAUCUCUGCCACGUCAUCAACCGACAGAGGCACACCGCCUACGGCAUGCACGCAGCCAAUCGCAUCGCCUCCCUCCCAGCCACUCGCGUCUCCAUCCUCCAAUCAAUUGCUGCCAGCUCAGCAGGCCCAGCUGCCGCCCAGAAUCUCUCCUUGUCGGCCGAGGCAUCAGACCUGGCAACGCUAGAUUUGAUUCCCGGAUCCGAUUCGUUUCCAGGAUCAAAUCCGGAGUCAGAAGCCAGGCAGAGCAGCAGGGGGAAGGAUCUAGAAGAGAGAGUGUGGGAAGCGAGGGGGUUCGACAUGUGCAGUCAGAGGUGUGGAGGGGUGGGGAGGGGUGAGUAUGGUCGAGUAGGGGGCGAGCCGCUGUUUGCGGUGCGACCCAUGGUGGGUGUGGCGAUGGGGGGGGGGAAGGAGGCUGAUGGAAGGGAGGGAGGAGGAGGAGGAAACGAUGGGGCGCGGGAAGGGAGUGGAGGAAGAGGAGUGGUGACGGCGUCCGUGGUGGGAGUGCAUGUGCAUGUGAUGGCAGCGAAUGUGCUGCGGCUGGGGGAUGUGGAUGCGAGGCACAUGUGGGUCAGCUGGCAUGGUGGUGCGCAGCUGCCACCACCCGACUCCGUUCACUUUCCUGACUGGACUCUCUACCUCCCCUCUCCCUCGGCCUCACCCGACUCCCCCUCACCACACAACCUGCGGCGGCUACUCGAGGAGCAAGCAGCAGCUGCGCCUGCUGCCAGUGCAGGCAGUGCAGCGCCAGCUGACUUUGAAAGCGCAACAGCCCCACUUGGUGCCACUGCCCCUUCGGCUGGGAGCACGGCGGGGGAUGGUGGGAGUACCGGCGCGCCAGCAGAGGUAGGGGAUGUAGGAGCUUCUAGUGCGGCGAGUGAUGGGUGGGAGGAGAGCGAGCAGCUGGCGCGGCUGGUGGUGGGCUCGCAGUGCGAUGGGUUUGUGGGGAUGCAUGGCGACGUGUGGGCGCAGCUGCUGGACCAGCUGAGGGCGACUGGGGGUAGAAGGCAAUUGCGGUUCAUGUACAUUAAUGUGCCAUAAUGCAUUGAAAUUGGAAUGUAUUGGUUGGUUGUAUUGUGUAUGUAUGCACCUGGGUACAGUGUGUAAGCUCCAUGAAGCCAACAGGACAUUGGCUCCUUGACACUCAUCUCAACACAUGUUUUCCUGCCCGUAGCAAAUUGGCACUACCAAUGUUCCGUAACACUGUACCCUUGUACCAUUGUACAACGCUAAACACGCUGAGUAC